CCUCUCUCCCCCUCUCUCUCUCCCUCUCUCUCUCUCUGUGUUUGUGUCUCAGUCUUCUCUCAGUCUUGUGUCAGAGCGGUUGUCCGCUGUGCUGCUGAGCCGCGGGGAUCGAACCUGCUGCAGACUCCGGUACUCGGUAAGUGAUCUCUCUGACUCACAGCGCUGAUUCACCGGAUCUGAACCCGGGGGGGCUCCGCUCAGACCUCCGUCAUGUCUCUGUGUGAGUCUGCAGCUGGAGCAGCGCAGAGCGGAGGAUUCAGCAUCCACAAAAGAUCCGCUUUAACCCGCACGGAACCUGUUACCAGCUGAUCAGGAGCACCAAUCAGCUGAUCAAUAAAGAAGUUCGAUCAGCUGAGAGGGGGGGAGCCGGUCAGAACCAGCCCGAACCAGAUUCUUCAAAGAGCAGAAACACUGAACAAACAGCGAGCUCCAUCCUUCAGACUGAGCACUGUUACAUAUCUGUCUGCAGGGAGGUGCACCGUUACAGAUCUCAUCGAUGAUUACCUCGAUGACUACACUCAUUUAUCAAUCCAUCGAUCUGUUUUUAACAACUUUUAGCAACUUUCCUUCAUUUUUUGCGCUUUAAAUAAAGUUUGCGCCUUGCAGAUUGUGCGCUUUUUUGCAUAGCCUAUCAACCUGCAGCGCAACUGUUACGGAAUUCACCGAUGAUCUACUCGAUUGAAGAUAAAAUUCAUCCAUCGUUGAAUCAACCUGUUAAACUCUCUCUAAGUAACCGUUCUGCUUUUGUUGCUUCCUGGAUUGUGUAGCUGUGUGACUGCAGACUGAGCAGCGUUACGUAUCAAUCUGCAGUUCAACUGUUACAGAUCUCACCGAUGAGUAAAUCGAUUAAUGCAUCUAUUCAUCACUUUGAGUUUUGUAUCAAAAUGAUGUUUUUUUCACAUCAGUUUAAUUCCUCUUGCAGUUGAAGAGCACUUUUUUCAUUUGCAGACUGACAUUUUGUGUCUAUUUGCAUGAGGAUUAAAUGUUACAAAAUUCAUUGAUUGACAAUCAGAUGAAUAAAAAAAGAAAAUCUAAUGUAUCAGUCUGUUUACUAGCGUUUUUAAACACAAUCUGUUUCCAGUUUUGCUCUUAGAAAAUGUGAUUUCCCUCCUGCAGACUGAUAUGUAACCUCACCGGUCUGCAGCACAGACUGUUACAGAACUCACCGAUGAUUAAAUCAGAACAUAUGAGCCCAUUCUCAUAUCUGUGUUCCUGCUUCUGCACAAAGAAAACUUUGGUCUCUCUGCAGCAGACACACACAGGCAGAGCUGCAGCAGUGACACAUUAGCACAAGUUUCCCUUACACAAUCUGGAUUUACAUAAUAUGCAAAUUAACUGCAACUUUGCCAAAAUAAUUAUAAGAAUCUAACUGUCUGAUAACACCGAGCAAUCAUGAUUGUUUCAGUCUGCAGGCGCCGCACUGAUGAUUUAUUCCAUCACACCUUCAGUCAUUCAUUAAUUAUUCAUGCGUCUGAUCAUUUCUGUGUUAUUGUUUCAUCAGUGCUUUUUAAAUAGGAGUUUUAACCUUACAUAAAAAUUAAAAUAACUCUGCUGUUUGUAACAAAUGCAUCCUUAAACUCUCCUGAUGAUCGUUAUAAUUGAAGAAUUUCGUUUCCGUAAAAGUAAAGUUGAUAUUGCACCUCACCGGUUGUCUCCAGUUUGUUCCGGUCUGCAGUGUGUGUAUGUUGUGUAAUAUGUUGAUGAGGGCGAAAUAAGUUCUCUUUGAAGCUGUAAGCUGUUAAUGAGAACUCAGGCGAUGCACUUUCUAAUUUAUUGUCCUAUAAGCAGGAAGAAAAUACUGAUCCUCAUCAGAAACUUUAUUACCUAGAGCUUAUUUAAGUCGAAGAGUGGAAGAUUCGCUGAUUUAUUGUCCACCACAGUGAAGUAAAUGUUCCUUAAAAUGAAGAAUAUUCAUGUUAAAUGUUAUCCUCUCUGUGUUUCAGAGCCCUGUGCAGAUCCAGUCGGGACUUCUGGUCGGAAAACAGAAGUCAGCAAGUGAGUAAAGCUUUAAUCAGAGGUUGAUUUUUUUUCAUUUGCAUGUCUUUAAACCAGUUAAUGACCUUUGGUAAUCUGGAUUGAGGUUAAAAGAGCACAUGCAGUAAACUAACACAAUACCUCUCUCUUGUUAAUCUAUCAUUGAACGUUUAUCUGAAGAGCUGUCUGACCUCUCUAUAAAACUCUUUAUCACAAACUCCUGAUACGAAAACUUCUCAACAGACUUUGAUUAUCGUGAGAUAAAACGAGGAUGAAAGUGACCAAAGUGGGUCAAACGUCAUUCGUCCAUUUUUCUUUGUGGGUUCAGCUGUUAUUGGACCAUCGACUGAAAAUUAAAGAUAUUUGUCUGUAUUAAAGUUCAAGUUUAUUAAAGAUUAAGCUGAUCAUGACAGUCUGUGCUGGUCUGUGAUGGUUACUGCUCUUUACAACGGAUUAUGCUAGUUAUAAAAGUCUGUGCUAGGGUCAUAUAGUCUAUUUUGGGUUACAGUAGUCUGUGCUGUUUCACAGCAGUCUGUGCUAGUUAAUGACAGUCUGUUCUGGUUUUGGUCAGUCUGUGCUGGUUUGAUUGUUAUGACCCUGGACUUUUUUAUAGUCUGUGUUGGUUUAAGCUUGUUCUUGAUAGUUUGUAGUAGACUUUAUGUCCCUGCUGACUGAUGAAAGUCUUUGAAGUUUAUGAAGUUUCAGCUGGUUUAUGACAGUCUGUACUGGUUUAUGACAGUCUGUACUGGUUUAUGGUAGUCCUUGUUGGUUUAUGAAAGUCUGUGCUGAUUUAUGACAGUCCUUGCUGGUUAAAUAUAGUCUGUACUAGUUUAUGGUAGUCCUUGCUGGUUGAUGACAGUCUUUGCAGGUUUAUGGGAGUCCUUGCUGGUUGAUGGCAGUCUAUAAUGCUUUAUGGUAGUCCAUGCUGGUAUAUGGCAGUCUUUGCUGUUUAUUGACAGUCUUUGCUGGUUUAUGACAGUCAUUGCUGGUUGAUGACAGUCUUUGUUGGUUUAUGGUAGUCUUUGCUGGUUUAUGGGAGUCCUUGCUGGUUUAUGACAGUCUGUACUGGUUUUAUGACAGUCUGUACUGGUUUAUGGUAGUCUGUACUGGUUUAUGGUAGUCUGUGCUGGUUAAUGACAGUCUUUGCUGGUUUAUGGUAGUCUGUACUGGUUUAUGGUGGUCUGUACUGGUUUAUAACUUUGACUUGUAUUAACACAGCAGCUCAGCAGUUCUGCUGAAGCUGUUUCUCUCCCUUCUUUUUCGUCUCAGUAAUUAAAAGUAAUGGUCCCUGAAUUUCUCUCCCCCUGUUAUAUCCUAAUGUGAGAUCUUAUCUAGUCUAUCAAGUUCUUUAUUGCUCAUUUUAUCACACUGUAGUCUGGGUUAGGUUAGUUACAAAAAGGCCUCCAAAUGUCUUGAACUUCACUCUGAGAGUCCCGUCUCUCGCUGCCCUGUGUGUGAACCCUCCUGCAGCCCGUGGUUUGUGUUAAUGGUUUUCGGCUCAGUGUGAGUCCUCUGCAGGUUUAAUGUGCAUCAGCAGUCCCUGUCAUGCCGGAUCUGAAUCUGCGAUAUCGUCUUGUUAUGUGUGCAGAUAUCUGAGUGAAUGAAGAGGGAAGAUGAGGAGAGUCUGCGUUUCACUGCACUGUCAUUCAUGAGUUCAGAAGCAGUGGUAUAAUGGGCCGGUGAUGGAUCUGAGGAGGAGGUCCUAUUUAAAACGAAACGCUCAGAGCAGAUGAUUGAAAAACUGAACUAGUUCAUUUGGAUCUGUGUGAACUGAACUUGUAACGUGAAAGUUUGCAGCAGGAAAGCCUGGGCUCAUCUUAGAUUAGGUUUCUGGGUGUGUCAUUGGCUUGAAUUGAGCUAAAAAACACAGAGGAGCGACCUGAUGUCUUUUUCAUUGGUGUAUUUUUAUGAUCGGGUGAAGGACUUAAGGGAACCAGUUCACCCAGUAAGUCCAGACGCGGUUCCCCCUCCUUAAAAUACCAUUAUGAUCACGGCAUUAAGACUGUAAGUGUUUGCUGUAAAUGUUGAAAUUAAACAGUCUUGUCCUUGGCUUGUAGAGGACGGUGAGUUUGUCUCCUCAGCUUGAGUUCAUCCUGCUGAAAUAAAAACAAACAGCACAGGGUUUUAAAAUAGAAAAUCUCCAGAUGGGUGUUAUUAAUCACCAAGUGUAAUUUCUAAAUAUAAAGAAUGAUCAUCCUGCAUGCUAUGAAAGAUGAUAACCCAACAGACUGAACCGCACCUCCUGUCUUGUGCUGCAUAUUCUACUUCCACAUCUUUUCCUGUAAAUAUAUCCCCACAUAUUUAGAUUUCAGCUGGUUAUCACUCCUUAAACAACACAUAUCUGAUUGUUUCCCAUCGACUCUGUGAGAUAGAGCUUUCUAUAUUUAGUCUUUGGCACCGGGGACGACUGUUUGCUCCAAAAAUGAGAAAAAACACUGAAUGCUCCAGUCAGAUCUCCGAGAUACACCCUUCUCUGUGUCUCUUUUAGACUGUUUCUAUGUCGAUCAAAUGCCUGCAGACCGAGUUCUUGCUCUGUGGACUCUGCCAGCUCCAGAGUUCGAUUACACAAACUAGAGCCGCGGUUACACAACAGUCUUUCUGUCAAUGUACUUUUAGGUCGCUGCAGGACAGGACGAUGAUUUAACCGUCCCAUACUGGAUCAGAGACCAGCCACGCUUUAUUUACACAUCAGGAUGUUUCAUGUCAGGGAGCGGGAGAGAUGAGACGUUAAAACACAGCAGGCCGCAGAGAGAGAGUGUCACCGAGACGCUCCUGCAUGUGUCAGCGCAGGAUUUAAUUAAAGGAAACUAAAGAAGCUGCAGGAAAGAAAGUGACAGUUCACCGUGUGAUCAUCUGUGGAGUAAAUCCGUCACUUCUGCGGCUCUUUAAAGGAUUUCAUUCAUGCAUCCACCUUCCAACGAGAGGCCAGUUUUAGGUCAUUAUUGUGCCUCAUGCAGAUCUGAGUGUAAACUGGGACACACACACACACACACACACACGCUCAGCUUUGUCUCCAUCUUUCUUUGAGUUCUGUGCGUUCCCAUGGUGACGGAUGGAGGUGUAAGCUGCAUGUUAAACUGGUUCUGAGCUCGGUUCUCCACAGAAUUACAAUGAGAGUGACGACGUGAACUUUGACCUCGGGGCAGGAAGUGAGACGGCGACCGUGAAGCUGAAAAUUGAAAUGAGACCUUCAUCAUCAUCGUGUGUUUCCUGAUGUUUUGAUCUUCAGGAUCCAGAGUUCGGCUCAAACGCAGAACUUGAAUCCUAUUGGUUGUUGCAUUGAUUGACGUCUCAUUAAGUCAAUUAGCAUGUAAGAGCUAACGAGAUAUUGCCGAUCAGAUCAAAUUUAAUCAUAUUUUAAAUGUUUUUAGUAGAAGCAGCCUCUCCUGCAGCGUCCUGAUGGUUUCACCUGCUUAUGAAAGCGUUUCUCUCUCAUGUUUGAUUCACUUUGAUGAAAGUCGGUGAAUCUCCUCCAUCAGAGACAACUUCUGCUGAGUCUCGAUCAUCUAGACUCACCGACCCCCUUCAGCUGACCUGCAUCUCUUCAUUACCACCCCCCUCCCCCCACCCUUCACCGAGGACCCCCCACCCCCCACUCUACCACCCUCACACCCCUCCUGGCCAUAUGAAGAUGCAGUCUUGUGUAACUCUCACUCUCUAAACCAGUUUCAUCCAGUUAGAGCUGUUGCCAAGAAACCGCCUGCAUGCUUGUGUGUGUGUGCAUGCAUGCAUGUGUGCGGCUGUGUGAGUGUGUGUGAGUGUGAGUGUGAGUGUGUGUGGAGGUUCAGGGUUUCCUCGUCUGUGUGAAAGCAGAUAGCUGGAAUUUUCCUGUUCCUGCUGCCUGUGUUACAUAAGAGCGGCGAGCAGACAGACAGCUCAUUUAUUCUUUUAUAAAACCUGUCAACAAAAACACACACUGAUGGAAAUCACAAUAAGGGUCUGAGCGUGUGCAGACACGAGAGCCGAUCAUGCACGGAUCAGUAUAUGCAUGCUUUCAUUUAUAUGUAAAUGUGAAAAUCAGACUUGUAUUUUCUGAAUGGUGUCACCGCCUGGUUUAGUUUACCUCUCUGCUCUGCAGCACAUGUGGAGCGUCAGCGCUGAGGAGACAAUAGCCCACUCUGGGACUGACUGACAGUGUGUAGUAGUGUUUGAGUGUCAUCAGUGUUGAAGACAGCAAACUCUCUAAGGACCUACGAACCCGUGAUGCUGCAGGAUCUGAUGCAAACGAGUUUUUUUCAUUCAUAGAUAUACAUGAGAAGAAGGUUGAUGUUUUCACUUCUAAGAUUGCAGAAAGAGGCCAAAGUAAGAGUCGUAAACCUGCGGUCUCUCUACUGUCCAGCAGGGGGCGACUCCACAGUUUAUUUAGUCUCACUGCAGUGAUUUUCCAAAUAAAUUUACAAUCUCAGUUUGUAGUUUUCAGUCUUCUUUAAUGCAGAAUGAUGCUACUUUUUUCUGGAUUAAGGUUCCUAUUUUUAGUCAAAUAGAAAACAAAACCAGGGGAGAAGUGGGCGGGGCUACCUGUGAUUGACAUGUGGGUAAUGUAACGUCAUUAUGCUGUUGUCUCGGCAUAUUAAUGCUGUGAUCCAGUUACCUCGGAAGUCAGAUGUCGGAGCUGGGAAUGACGGCGUUUACGGCGUUCCAGUUAACAAGUCGGAAAACCAAGAUGGCUGCCUACUGUCAGCCGCUGUCAGCUGUUGUUAACAAUUGUCAGUUGUUGUUAGCUAUACCACUUGUAAACAACGCAUAUCACAGUAUUUUACUCUACAAACACCAUAGCACCGUGUUCACAGUUAGACGCUGGGCAGUAAAACAUAAACCACUUAUUUAAUUUCACAAAAACAAAACAGAAAUGCUAAUAGAUAAAACAUUAAAACAUUAGGAGAGCUUUCACUGUUACUCUUUACUGUUGAUGCACUGCGCUGCCAUCUUGGAUUAUGACAUUGUCGUCAAAUCGGGGUUUGUGAGGAUCGUCCAAUUUUACGAGUCGGAAAUCCGACUUCAGGGGGGCGUUCCAGAUGAAUUUCUGACUCAGAGCUCGGAAAUUCCGACUUCCAAGUACAACUGGAAUGCAGCGUUAAAUACAAUACAGAUACAGACACAAAUGCACAAAUGCACAUCAUUGCAAAGGUGCGAGUGUAAAAGUCUGUAAAUUUGCACACAGAAACCUAUUAGUCAAUGCAUGCACCAUUACACAUAGCUGCAUUUGUAAUCCUGCAGAGGGACAGUAAGUACAGAUCAAACUAAGGCUUCACCUUCAUUAAUCUAAAGGGGAAGUCUGUUUUUAACGAACCAAAAAAUAAUAAAACAGUUGAUACUGACAGAGUGAGGAGGAAACCUGCCGUCCUCCUCAGCUCCUCUCUUUUGUCCAUAUUGACUCACUUCUUGGUCAAACAAGUAAACAAAUAAAGACUGUGGUCUAAUUUACUCAUGCACAGUUACUGCUGAAGUAAGUCCGAGUCACAGACGUGUUAUUGACACGAGAAAACAGCAUCUAAAGCCCGUGUUGAGUGAUAGAAGCAGUUAGAGAUAAAGACGAAGAAGCAAACAGAGAAACUUGUCCAUCUCUCUCCCUCUCUUUCUUUCUCGCUCUGCCUUGUUAACCCCAGACGACCCUGAUCAACCUGCUUUUUCUCUCUUUCUUCACAGGUGAGACCCUGAGGGCAGCUGCUGCCUCUCUCUCUCUUCUUCUUCUUCUCCUCCUCCUUCUCCUCUGUGACUCUUCAUCAUGGCGUCCUGUCUAAUCAGCCGGCACUUCGCCCUCUCUCUGCACAGAAACGUGAGGCUCAGCGCUCCAGGUAAAUACACAAACACAGUAAACCAUCAUUUAGGAGCAGACUGUAGUGAAUUCACAUCUUUAAAUAAACUAUAAAACAAGUUAAAAUAAUUAGUAUGAGUGAACUCCAGGCUGCUGUCAAACACCUCAUUUGGUUUGAGUUGAAAUCUUGCUUUCUCAGAAUCCAUCAGCGUUAUAUAAUUAAUUAUUAUAUAAUCUUACAUAAGGACUAUAGAUGUUUGUGUGACCUGCGGCAGGAGUUGGUUAUCGAGUCUCAAAGGUCCUCUCUCCUGUCAAUCAUCGACAGACCCGGUCACCUUUACUACCUCGCUCUUACCUGCUCAGGUUUAUGAUCCUCUCAGUGUUCCCCGCUCAGAUAUCCGAGAGUUUGAGGAGGAGGAGAUUUACGGACCGGAGCAGAUCCAGAGUACAAAAGUGAUUUGUCAAGGCUACAGUUUGGCUCAGUGGUAAAUUGUAUGCCUCAUGUACCGAGGCCGAAGUCUGCAGAGCGGUGCUUCAACUCAAACUCCCACCCCCUUCGGUCUCUGCCUCAUUUCACUCCCCUUGUUUCUCACUCUGUCUUCCCUGUAAAGGCACGAAAAAGUCUCAUUUUAAAAGGAAACUCUGCAGAAUAAGACAAACUGACUUUAUUGGACUCACAUACCAAAAAAACUACUCAGGUUCUCUGCGUUUUGAGGAAAAUUCAAAGGACAAAUUCGCUCGUAGUCCUCCUUUGUUGCUAAGUGGUCACUCUGCUCGUCUCCCCAAAGCUUUCCUCGUCUGUGACGCUCGCUGAAGCUUUUUAAUCUUGAGACGAGCGCGGAGUAAGUGAACAGGUAGAUGCUGCUGUCUAUGUGGAUCAAAAUGAAAACUGUCAGAGAGCCGAGGAGGCGAGAGUGGAGUCAAACGAUGGUAUCUGUGCCGCUCGUCAGUGCCAGUUUAGAGGGAGGGAGGUGGCGAGGCUGCUCCUGAUUCAUGAGUUCAUGAUAAAAACAUUUUAUUUCUCUAAUCUGUCAGCCUUUGACCUCUGCUGUAUUUUAUUACACUUCAUUUGAGUCGAUCAAUGAAUGAACUCUUUGUUUGACACAGUUUUUGACUUCCUUGAGGAUAAAUCAAGUCGUAUCUAAUCUAAUUCUUCACGUUGAUAUUUAGUGACAGGUUUUAAUGAGCUCAGAUAAUAAAAACACAGUUCAAGGCUGCAGCAUUAAUCUGGAUUAUAUCACCAUCAUUAUAUAUCAGAGUUCAAGGGCAAAAUGCAGAUGCUGCAACUUUAACAAUUAAACAUUAUUAUUAAAACUGUGUCACACUCAUCUGAUACAGAGAUUUAUGUACGGUGGCCCAAAGGAGUCAACUGCAGGAACUUAACAUGAUCGGUAAAGGACUUUUUAUCAAGUGCAAAAACACAAAAAAAACAGGGAAACCCACAAAAACACUUUAUACUAAUGCAAGAAUAAUUUCAUGAAAUCCAAAACUAUUUUUUAUAUAAAAAGAUUCUACCUGAGAAAAUUUAUUGAAUAACAAAAACUUAAACAAGAAAAGGAAAAUAUUUGGUAAAAUAGAUUUUUUUUAUAAAUCUUUUGUGGCAUACAUUUUUUUAAUAAUACAAUAAAUAAUUAAAUUUAAAGUAAGUAAACAUAAUAAUUAUAGUUAUAAUAAAUAAAAGUGAUAAACAUAAUAAUACAUUAUUUUUAUUUUCAUUAAAAAUUGUCUUGUUUCGUUUUUUUUCCUUUUUUUAUUUUCAUAUUAUUUGAAUUUCUUAGUUCAAAUAAUGAAUAUGUUCAGAAAAAACAAAAUAAAAUAAAUGAAUUAAAUUUGAGUACUUAAAAUAGCUUUUUGUGAAGUGUUUAUUUUAUUUUUAUUUAAAAUCAAAAAUUUAGAAACAGGGUUCACCUCAGCAUCUCCUCCCUCAAACCGCUUUUAGGUAUCAAAAUUUAAGACAGGAAUCAUCAGUCGAAUGGUCUUUUUUUCUUUUGUGUAUCAUCAAAAAGCAAUAAUACAAAAUUCAGUCUGUUUCAUAAAUGUCAGAAACCUCCUCAUGGGAGCUUUAAUGAAGUAUUUUAGCAGCAGACCUUCAGGGCCACCGUAUUUACCUCUUUUUUAGGUCUCUGAUAACAAUCAUCCGAACUAAUCAUGAAUUAUGUCUCAGUUUUAAUAUCUGUCAAAAUAGUCCUUUAAUAUUGAAACACUGCACUUUAACUUGCACUAUAAACACACGACAGUAAAGGACGUUUUUAACCAUGAGAGCGGGUUGUUUUUCUCCCAGGAAGGAAACGCUUAGAGCUGCACAGACAGUCAGGAGACAUUUUAGUUGUUUUUUAACCAGAAAGAAGUUUAACUUAAAAAGGAAAUCAUUAACUUUAUUCACAGCUGUCAAAAACCUUUGUCAGCCUGCAGGUACGUCAGCAAAGCAGCACCAAAGACUCAGCAGGACUAUGACUAUAACGGACCCUCCAUGAAAACCACCGUACCUGGACCCAGAUCACAGGUAACACACAUGCACACAUACGGCGAACAUGAAGACCCCUGAAAAAGUAGGAGAGACCUCUAUGAGUCCAACAUUUCAGGAUAAACUGCACUCAAGGUUGUUUCUUUAUUAGAGGUAAAAACAGAUUCAGAUUCAGAGUUCUCAGAGUCAUGAUUGUUGGCGGAGGUUCAUCAGGUCUGAAUUUGGCUCAGAGAUAAAUCACAGUCCAAACUCUGUGUGCCGCUCAGUUCCUCCCUCACCAGCUGGAGCCUCAGUUCAAAGUGUUUUUAAUCACACUGCCACCUGCUGGUGAACCAGAUUAUCACGCAUCACAUUUUAUAACACCUGAACGUCAAACCUCAAGGGGCCCGAAGUACGCAGACAAAGGUUUGAUUCACAUGCACAUCCUUAAGUCUUCUACAUAUUCCUCCAUUAUGAAACUUAUAAAACAUGUCACCAAAUAUUUUCAUCACAAACUCAAUUCUUCCACAGAGCGGGAGUUUAAUGUGGGUUUCAUAGAGUCUUACUUAUUUAUAUUUACAGAAGAGCAGCAAGCUAAUGAUUAAAUUCUCUAUUUAACUGAAUAAAACACAAAGUUUUGCAGUUUUCUUCUUGUGCAAUGAUUUUAUUUCUCUUUGCAGGAGCUGACCAAACAGCUGGGAGAGAUCCAGGUGAGCUGUGUGACAGGAGUCAUGAUAAAAUAUGAGAUUUUUUCUGAAUGUUGGAGCAAAAUCUGUGAAAGUUGAAGGUUAAAAAUUAAUGUUUGUGCAUCAUAAAAAUAUAUUGAAUUAAAGAUUUUAUAUAAAGUGACCCGAGAGAAUAAAAACACAGUUAGAGUCGCUGUUAAAUCGUUUUAUUAAAGUUACUCUCUGGAGCUGAAACUGCGUCUUAAUGGUACAGAUUGUAACUCUCUUUGUGUGUGUGUGUGUGUGUGUGUGUGUGCAUCUGUCAUUGCAUGCAUGCAUGUGUGUAACCAGAUGGAUAUCUAAUUGUGUUAAAGCAGUGAACCAGUAUAAUAAAGCCUUGAGCAGUAAUUGUUGCACACACACACAUCUUAGUACACAACCACAUAGACACUCUUGUUACACAAACUCACACCGGACUGUCUUGGUUCACCGAGUCGUACAGAUUCACAGAUUCAUGUUUCGGUGAUUUUCUGACAAUGAUAAAUACGAGAUUUUUCCCUCAUCUUCGUCUGUUUUUAUCACUUUCCUGCAAAAAGACAAAAUGGGAAAAGUUGAGUUGAGACAGUUUUCAGGAUUUAAAGCUCCGGAGCUCAUUUUACCUCGUUAUAUUUAUGUGAGUCUGUUAAAAUCAGCGACUCUGAACGUGUCUGUCCUCAGAACGUGGGAGCGAUAAACUUCUUCUGUAACUACGAGGAGAGUCGGGGGAACUUCCUGGUGGACGUGGACGGAAACCGCAUGCUUGACGUCUACACGCAGAUCUCCUCCAUCCCCAUCGGUCAGUCUCUCAUCUCAAUCUCUCUUCUUAUUUUUGUUAAUUUAAAAUGAGUCUCUUUGUUUUUAACUCUUUUACUGUGUGAUGUCUGACUCUCUGUUUUCUCUCCUCCUCCAUCUGUCAGGUUAUAAUCACCCCGCUCUGCUCAAACUGAUGUCCAACCCCAACAACCUGGUAAGUCACCUGACUUCCUUCAUGAAUCACACGGGGUAGAAGUUUCAGGCUGAAUCUGAAGCUCUUCUUCUGGAUAGUUUGACCGUAAAAUGACCGAACUGCCUUUCCUGUUUUAACUGUUUUAGUUACUUUAAGUCUUAAUGAGCAGUUUUCAUUCAAAACCCUAACACACACACUUACACACACACACACACACACACACACACUUACAAACACUCACAGUCGCAGAGCCGUGCAGCUCCUGUAGAGCGAGUGAAUAAUCCUCUUUAACUCACACUGAGGCUGAGAGCGGGGAAUAUAAUCUCAGACUGUUACAGCCAGUCGGAGCUCCAUAAUCUGAGAUUACUGCUCGGAUUUUUAUUCAUUAUCCCGCACAUGAGUUAGUUACCGCCGCACAACAAAACGCCGUGCUGCCGAGGCUCAGGUGACGCACAGAGCACAUGCUAAUAACCUGUUUCAUUUACAUAUUCAACCCUCAGACGUCGUCAGGAGAUGAUUCAUAUUUGAAAUUUGACAACACAAGUUUAUAAAAAUGUGUGUUUUAGUGUGUUUUUUCAAAGGAGUUAUAACAGGAGUGUGUGUUUGUGCACGUGUGUGUGUGUUUCAGAGUACUCUGGUGAACCGACCCGCUCUGGGAAUCCUGCCGCCGGAGAACUUUCCAGACAAAAUCACCGAGAGUCUGCUCUCGGUCAGUAACACAGAAACACGGUCAGUAAAUCUGCAGUUAUUGUCGUUCUUCGGUCUCUUUAAUGUUUGUUUCUUAUCAUCAGGUGGCGCCCAGCGGGAUGUCCCGCGUUCAGACGAUGGCGUGCGGCUCCUGCUCCAAUGAGAACGCCUACAAAGCCAUGUUCAUCUGGUACAGGGUGAGCUCCUCAAACUGAACCUGGAGUCUGUUUUCAUUCUGACUCAGGGUCAAAUCUAAUCUGUGUUUUCGUGUUUCUACCAGAAUAAAGAGCGAGGCAACGCCGCUCCAGUCGAUGACGACCUCACCAGCUGCAUGAUCAACAAGGUGAGAGAGAGAAAUCCUUUUUUUAACGACGCUGAAGUGGACUCAGAUCUUUACUGCACUAAAAUAAAUCCUCUUCGUGUUUCUCAGAGUCCUGGAUGUCCUGAUCUCAGUAUUUUGUCUUUUAUGGGCGGUUUCCACGGACGAACUCUGGGUCUGUACACAAGUCUUAGUUAUUCUCAAGGUUUCGAGCUCAUUCUUGGAUCUAUUUCUGAUCAAAUCACUUUAGUUUUUCUGAUAUAAUCAUGAUAAUAAUUAAUUUCUGAUGUAAUCAUUUUUAAAAGAAAUCCUAAAAUCGUCUUUCUAACACGUCCUAAAUCUGCUCUGUGUGAACAAUCCUUCAAAUUAAAGGUCAGGCUUUUAUUCCAGACUUCAUGACUAACACGUCGUGUGUUUAUUGUUUUCAGGUUGCUUAGCAACAACACACUCAAAAGCCAUCCACAAACUGGACAUCCCCUCGUUUGAUUGGCCGAUCGCUCCGUUCCCCCGCCUGCAGUAUCCUCUGGAGGAGUUCACCCGGGAGAACGCUCAGGAGGAGGCGCGCUGUCUUGAGGAGGUGAGUGUGUUAGUCUGAGUGAAUGAAUGAAUGUUUGUGUGUGUGUGCAUCAUUUAAGAGAUGUGAUGUUGGAUUUUAGCUCCAGUUAUCUUUGAGUAAUCUUGAUUUAACUCCCAGGUUUGGAUGACCAUAAAAAAUAAUGAACUAAAACUUUUAAAAUUUACACUCUGAAGCUGUUUUUUGUCGAUUUGUCGUCCCGUUUAUGUAAAAGUUGUGUUUGUGAAUGAAAAAACUCACCUGUCUUUACUUCAACUCUCAAAAAUAUCACAGAUUUGAACCUCUGCCAUGAAAAUGUGGUAAACUGAAACCGCCCACCAUCAUGACUCUUAUAAAACUUAAUAUCUCUCAUUAUUUCCAGUCGUAAAACUUUCAUAUCUGCUGAUUAAAGCUCACGGCUUCCUCAAGUUUGAAACCUGAUCAUAAAAAGCGACAUGGUGAAGUUUAAAUUAAUCUGAUGACUGGAGAAAAAUCUGUCAGAGAGAAGAGCUUAGAUUGAAGAAACUGAGGAUGAGUGUAGCAGGAGGUAAACUGACUCUGGAGGUUUAUCGUUUCAAGGUUGAGGACCUGAUCGUGAAGUGGAGGCAGAAGGGCAGACCGGUCGCCGGGAUCGUCAUCGAGCCGAUCCAGGCUGAGGGUGGAGAUAACCACGCCUCCCCUGACUUCUUCAGGAACCUCCGCAACAUCGCACGCAAGGUAACGCCGAGGAAGAACUGCUGAACUGAGCAGGAAAAGAGACAUUUGAAACUCAUCCGAUUAAAGCUUUUCAGUCUAAAAUCAAACCUGCACCAUGUGGAGAUCGUUCCUCUUAUUUACAGAUCACUUCCUGCGCUGUUAUUGUGGUUCGGCCUUUUGUUACUUCGACAUAUUUCCUUCAGCAGCUCCAACCAUCUUUCCAUGUCUGCAGGACAUUCAUUAAAUAUUUACAGACACACGGCUCAUGUCCCUGGCAGCACGCCGACACAAACCAGUCUCAGCUCAGGGAGAGAGAAUCUGCCAAAUCCGUCUGUGAGCCACUAAUCACCGCUGAGUCAUCAAAUUAAUUAGCUAUACGUAAAAAAAUCAACAGCAAACAAAGUGGAGAGUUACAGUCAUUCUCAAACUUCCUUAUUUCCUGCUUCUUGGUCAAUUUACCUGAGUGUGUUAACCCUUUCCUCUCCAGCACGGCGCAGCGUUCCACGUGGACGAGGUUCAGACCGGAGGCGGGGCCACGGGAAAGUUCUGGGCUCACGAGCACUGGGGCAUGGACGACCCCGCAGACAUCGUCUCCUUCAGCAAGAAGCUGCUGACCGGAGGAUACUACCACAAAGACGAACUUCAGGCCGACAAGGUUUCAGAGUUAUUCCUUUAUGCAGACUAAAAUCAGUAAAAUCUCAAACUUGCAAGUUGAAUUUUUGUCCUGAAGUAGCUUAAGGGGGAGUUAAUAACUAUUUUGCAAGUGUCAGGACUUAUAAACAUGAAGUCUGUUUGUUAAAAAAUGUGUUGCAGCUCUAAACGAAGCAUCAACACUCUCGUCAGGCCGUCUCUUUCAGGUCACGGCGGAGUUGAUAACAGUUUUAAGUGUGCGGUUUUCCUUUUCCAGCCGUACCGUAUCUUUAACACGUGGAUGGGUGACCCGUCGAAGAACCUGCUCCUGGCUGAAGUCCUGAACGUGAUCCGCAGGGAGAACCUUCUGGAGGAGGUGACCCGCUCAGGAAAAUCCCUGAUGAACGGCCUCUAUGAGCUGCAGGUACAGUAACACUGAUGGACGAGCGUAUCGAUGAUCACUAAAUCAGCGCUCAGAGUUCACGUCUGACAGUAUUGAGUUUUGAUUCUGCUCUGUGUGUGGAUGUGACCUACAUGUGUGUGUGUGCGAACGUGUCCGCAGGCUCAGUACCCCGGCAUAUUGAGCCGAGCUCGAGGACAAGGAACCUUCUGUGCCAUCGAUAUCUGUGACGACGCCACACGUAACAGCCUCCUGCUCAAGGCCAGAGACAAAGGUAGGAACUAAUCUGUCGCCUCCUGUCAGGGAAGAUUCAUUCAUCUAUUGUGGUUUAGGAAGUCCUUAUCUAGCUCUGCUGCUGGCUUUUAUUGAACUGACUAUAGAGCGAGAUGAAACGAUAAGCUCUCCUUUUUUUCGCUCCUGCUCACGACAGCCGCAGAAAUAAAUGAUACUUCUAUCUGAACGUCUUUGAGGCUCAUCCGUUCAUGAUGAUUUUCAGCCUCAUAUCAAGUCAUCCCAGUCUAAUCCUGGAGGGAAUUUAACAGCAAGAGUAUUUUUCAAGGUUACUCAGACCUUUGUUUGCAUGUUUGUAGUUAUUAAAAAACAGUAUUUUGGUUUCUUUGGAUGUUACGGUCUACGGUCUUUGUGGUGCGACCAAACAAAGGUAAAGUUUAGUGAGGAUUUGACACCAUGAUUUAUGCAGAGCUGGUGCAACAGGGCCCAAAGGCUCCCCUGCUUACCCCUCCUGUGGUGCAUGAUGAGUAUAAAUCCUCCACUUGCACCAUCAAAAAUGAAUUUUGUGCACAAAAACAUCCUCUCUCUUCCUCAUCUUCCAAACUGUGCAUUUCUGCAGCCGUUCAUUUAAAGGUGGUGUAGUCAGGAUCUGAGGAAGUUCCUGUUUUUAGGAGAAAUCUUGAAUGUAAACUCUACCCCUCCCAAACAGUUUUACUUCUGUUACAGACACUUGUCUUACUUAAAGCGGUUUACCUGUCCAGCAGAAAGGUUACAGGGUCACCAAGAUCCCCAAGCGUCCCCCAUCGUUUUUGUUGACCCGGCUUUUUAGCUCUUGUCCGGUCUACCUCCGUUUUAAGCGCCCGUUAUUCCUCCAGAGUCUCCGGUAUUUACGUUGUUUUGUUGCUUGUGUUGACAGUCGUGGCCAAAGGAGGAUUCAGACAAUUUUCCAAACUUUCUGGUUGGUUUCUACUGUCCGAUAUUGUAGCACGCUAACUUUGUUUGGACUCGUGAACGUUAUUUGAGGACAUGGAGCGCGCCUCACAACACGAGGGAGCAGCGUCUGCCCCACAACCAAUCAGGUUGAAGGAGGUGGAGAACAGCUUUGUUUACAGUCAGAGAGAGCAGGCUGCUCAAAAAUGUUAAAAUGUUGACUACACAGACAGAACAGAACACAACGAUAUCGUUAUAUUACCAAAUGUCAUCAAUAACUAAUAGCUACUGAUUGAUAUUAAAAGCUUUGUUUUAUAAACACCACAAAAAAGAUGCUUCUUUAACAAAAUCCUGCCUAACCCACCUUUGAAACAAAAACGUGCAUCCCUCCAGUUUGUCCAAGUCAACAGAAACAUUUUUUUCUAUUUUAAUGAAUAUACACUCAUUUAAAAAUGCUUAUAAAGUUUAUUUUUCAAGUCUGUUCUGACUUUAAACCAGUAUCAGGAUCCAAGCUUCUCAGUAUGUACCUGCAGUUGGACUUCACAGUAAAGACGCCGUCAUUCUCGCCCAAAUCCAGCCUUGAAUUUCUCUCUCUGACAGGAAAGUAAACGAGGACCUGCAGCUCUCAAACUCUAAAGUCUAAUAUCUGGUUGUGUUGGACAGGUGUCCUCCUGGGAGGCUGCGGAGAUAAAUCCAUCCGUUUCCGUCCGGCGCUCAUCUUUAAGGAGUACCACGUCCACAUGUUCCUCAACAUCUUCAACGACGUCUUGGCCCAGCACAAAUAAACCCCAGAGGACCCUGAAGGACCCGGACUGACCCUGCAUGAGCCUGAGUGAAUCCAGAAUGAAGCGGGGGAGACUCCAGACCGAACAUGUCAUGAUGAGCACAAUCCACACAGUAAUUCACACACUUUCUCUCACUGCUGUUUACAGGUCAAGGACCAAUUCAUUUCAUAACAACACUGACCAAUUAUCAUCUCGUUAGCUCCGUACGAUCGUUAGGACGUCCUCAGAAUACAGGUCACAAAGGGUCCUUUUGUAGACUACGAUAAUGAAGUCCACUGAUGAAGAGGUCCGGCUGCACAUGUGGGUCUGUUCCUUUAACAGGUAGCACAAUAUUAUUAUUAUUAUAUUAAUGUAAAUAAGAUCUCCUAAUUAACCUCGCUAACUAUUCAGAGCAAAGUCUGAUAUUCAGCCUCAAUAAGCGCACAUAAACUGACGUCAUCGAGACCUUAGACUUACCCCGGACUCAGGGGGCCUAUCAGAGUCUACUGUGACGGUCCAAGAGAGUCCUCUGAAGUCUGCCAGAGUCUGUCGGAGUCUUUUACUCACUCCGUCCCUCUGCUUUACCAACACGCACACCUGUCGAUCCAGCUCCUUUGAGAUUUCCAGCCCUCAGAUCUUGUCCUCGUGAUCAUUAGGAGCGAAAAUUGUGAUUAAAACUGGAAUUGGAUAAAUCCCCCAGACUCUGAGCGACCGUGAGCGUCUGUGUUGGACUGUGACAGGGUUACACAGACUGCAGUGACUCUGGGACUCUGACAGACUGACUGUGGUGGUCUGUGAUGAUGGUGGGUCACUAAAUAAAAUGCCAGCCUGCAUGUCAUUAAACGCCAUCCGUUUAAAAACGUCCUUGUUAUGCUUCUGACUGUUAUGUUGCUCUUUAUGGGAAUGACUUUUUACCAGCUUGAAAUGUUUUAGCCCAGAAAAAUGUGAAUCGAUAACGGACCACAAAAAUGUCAUAGAUUAUUUAGUGCCUGCAUGUUACUUAAAUGUGCUUAAUUUUUUUUAUUUCCUUUGUUUUUAUUUUUAUACUGCCUCCGAUAAGAGCGAGCACUGGUUAGAAAAAGUCUGAACACAUUCACUUUACUCUUGAACAAGAGCUUCAUAUCAGAUUCCCUGAUUCUUAAACCCAAAUGUGUAAAUAAUGCUUUUAUUUUUAUGCCUCACUUUAAUAUAAAUAGUUGAAAUUGAACAGCGUUUUUUUUCUUUCUGCAUCAAAUGCAGUUUGAACAAAUAACAAAAGCAGAAGCAGAACUGCUUUAUGUGUUUGUCUGAAUCCAAAAAUGCCACAAAUUUAAAAAAAAAACAUGUUUAAAUCACAUUUAAAUUAUCUCAGAAACAUGAAACGCACACUGUAGUCAUAACACAACUAUAAUGAACCUGUGCUUAUAGCAGCUAACUGCUACAGCCCUCUUUUUCCUUCUAACUUUACAGUAUUUAGACUUUAGUUUAUCCAGCUGCAGCACAUUUGUGCAGUUUUAAGGUUUUUCUGAUAGUAAUAAUAUCAGAAAUGCCUCCAAUCCAGCCUGAGAUCAUGUAACAGUGAGUAUGUCGAACUGUUACCGACAGUUAUUGUAAUUUUUUAGUAUAAUCUUUGAAAAACAACAGCUUACACGUCAAUAUUGUACAGUCAGGUUGACGUAAAGCAAACCUGAGAUCCUGUAAAAUGUCACGUCGUCAGGAUAAGAAACAGCAACAGUUUUGUGCUAGCCGUGCGUGUAAAAUCAGUCAAAGCUAGCUAAAUGUCUGCUUUAAGUGUUUACUCAUAAUACAUGAUGAUGCUCUGUAAUUUUUGUAAGAUUUCAAAUAAUCAAAACACAGUCGAAGAAAAUUGUAAAAGCAGAUAAAGUGGUUCUCUGGUGCUGUCUCGCAGACACGUGAUGUCAGAAUAAGGUGACCAGACGACAAUCCCAGUAUUGGAUGACCUAAAACUAUUGCCCAAAGCGUUAUUUUUUUUUCGUAGGUCCCGCCUCCUUCGCCUCUGAUUGGCUAGAAAAGCUGGAAACAUCAUCACACACUCAAGCCGAGUGCGGGCUGUUGGCUCUGAACAAUAUCGCAAUUCUGAAUCUCCUAACCCUAAUGCUGCGUUCGAGUUACCUCGGAAGUCAGAUGUCGAAGCUGAAAAUGACUUAGCACCUGAGUUCCCAGCGUUCCAGUUACAAAGUUGGAAAAAAGCAAAAUCGGAGGCCUGAAACAAGAUGGCUACAUCUACCAAAGUGGCUACUUUCCGCCUCCAAUUUUGCUUUUUUCCAACUUAGUAACUUAAACGCUGGGAACUCAGGUGUGACGUCAUAUUCAGCUCCAACAUCUGACUUCUAAGGUAACUUGAACGCAGCAUAACCUUAACCCGACAGAUGAUGAAGUUUCACAGCCAUAAGGAAUGACCAAUCGGAGCCUAGCACUUCUAGCCAAUCAGAGGUGAAGGAGGCGGGAUCUUCCCCGUCCCACCAUCCCACAAAUAAAAAUUAUCGCACCCCGGAAACAUCCUCGAUUUAAGCGUUUCAUGAAUUAGAACAAAAAUGUUGCGCGUAGACUAGAACAACAGUUAUUACGGGGGUUAUUAUGGGGGGCGAGCGCUGCUACAAAGUUGUACAGAGAUGUUGUCUGUUAUCACUCAGCCUCCCCACACCCUCCGCUCUGGAUGUCCCCAGAUUUAAGCUCAGAAAUCUGGUCACCUUAUGUCAGAAGAGGCUGCGAGCUGAGCUGCUAGGCUGAAUAAUGAUGGAAAUCAUAUCACAUACAGGGUGAAUAAUUGUAAUAAUAUGAAGAUAUAUGGAUAACAGAGUUUGCUCAGGCAGUUUAGGUCAUGUUUAUUAUGAUCUCCACACACACACACGCACACCCCUACCAUGAUGCCAGCUUCGAUAGCACCCUGUAGCUAACCGGCUGAUCUUUGAGCACAGGUCCAUCAAACAGGGUCUCCCACAAACACCUUAGCCUGAGUCUGUUCAGCACAUCUUUUAUAAAUCAUGUUGAAUUUGUCUGUAAAAGUGCUGAAUCUGGCGCUCUGUGACUGGUUGGACCUUCAUCACGUCUGUGAAUGUUCAUGGAGCUUUUAGACAAGUGUUAGGAAUGUGUAGCAGCUCACUUAACUACAACCUAAUAUAUAAAUAUUUACUGUAUAUGAAGACAUUUACAUCUUUUUACAUCCAUGUCGCAGAGAUAAUGUUCAGUACGCUCAUGUAAAGUAUCUGUUUCUUGUAUUGAUUAUUCUAUAAUACAUGUUAAUAAUAAUAAAAGAUUUAUUUAGGUAGCAAUAUGAGGGAUGGAGGUGAUGACAACAGUGCCUGUCUGUUUGUUGUCAGUCAGUCAGUCAGUAUUACCUGCUGUAGACUCUUCAUUAUCACCUCUAUUCACGUUACUAUUGCACUUGUGAUCUGACAAAUAAAUGAUUAUUGUUGUAAUUAUUUUAGAUGGCUCUAACUGUUGUAAAACCUUCUGUCCAUGUUCUGUGAUCAAUAAAGAAAUUAAGUUUUGACUAACUUA